AUGGGUACUGGUUGGAGGAGAGCCUUCUGCACCCGCGACCCUGCUUCUACCAUAUCGGAUAAACAACCAGGAAGUCCAAGCCCAAGCCCCAGCCCAAGAAGCUGUGCCCGUUUGGGUUUUCUCUCUGGAGGAAGCAACCCUUCCACCCCACGCUUGCGUUGCACAACAAUACCGGAAUCUGCAUCUCAAUCAGUUACUGUAAACGACAGCCCCAGAGUUCAAAGCAAGAACACCCCCAGAGCAACCAAGUCUCCGAAAACGCUCUCUGUCUCAAAUCCAACUUCACCGCGUUCUCCUCUCAAACUCUCCCUCUUCAAGAACAGUUUCAAAUUCAGGAGUAGCUGUGGAAUUUGCUUGAACAGCGUGAAGACGGGACAGGGUACGGCUAUUUACACUGCGGAAUGCGGUCACGCGUUUCAUUUCCCGUGUAUCGCAGCGCAUGUACGCAAACACGGUAGCCUGGUGUGCCCCGUCUGCAACGCCACGUGGAAAGACGUGCCUCUACUCGCGGCGCACAAGAACCUCGCUGCACAAUCCGCCUCGCAAAACCAAGUCGCGUACAGAACCACCGAAAACCCCAAUGCCAGCGACAAAAAGCCAACAGAAAACACAUCCCCCGUUUUCAAAACCUACAACCACGUCGAGCCACCACCCAAGCAUUCCGAUUCACUCCGGUCCUACGACGACGACGAGCCACUCUUCUCUCCCACCUGCACCUCCGGCGGAAGGAUCAUUCCCAUACCUGAAGCCGACGAGAAUGCCGAAGACGACGACGACGAAGAAGACGCCGGCGAGUUCCAAGGCUUUUUCGUCAAUCCGAAGAAUUCGUCCUCCUCAAAAUCGUACUCCGAUUCGUUCCAAACAAAUGAAGGUGAUUCCAGAACAGUUCAGGUGAAACUCAUGCCAGAGUGUGCUGUUAUCUCAGCUUCCCGAACGCACGAGACCUACGCUUUGGUGUUGAAAGUGAAGGCUCCACCGCCGCCAUCUCCACCACGGAACAGCGCGGCGCCAUCGCAACGCGCGCCGAUAGAUCUCGUCACCGUGCUGGACGUCGGGGGGAGCAUGACCGGCGCCAAGCUGCAUAUGCUAAAGCGCGCGAUGCGUUUGGUUAUCUCAUCGCUUGGCCCCGCUGACAGGCUCUCCAUCGUGGCUUUCUCCGCCACCUCCAAACGACUCUUACCUCUGCGCAGAAUGACUGGGCAGGGUCAGCGCGUGGCUCGGCGCAUCGUUGACCGACUCAUUGCAGGUCAAGGCUCGAGCGUAGGCGACGCGUUGAGGAAAGCAACGAGAGUGUUAGAGGAUCGCAGGGAGAGAAACCCGGUGGCGAGCGUGAUGUUGUUAUCAGACGGUCAAGAAGAGAGGGUUCAAAAUCAGAGGGGUAAUAAUAAUAAUAAUAAUAGUAAUCAGAGGAAGUCGUCGAGCCACGUGUCGUCGACGCGGUUCGCUCAUAUCGAGAUUCCGGUUCACGCUUUCGGGUUCGGGGCGAAAAGCGGUUACAGCCAGGAACCGGGGGAGGACGCGUUCGCGAAGUGCGUUGGUGGGCUGCUGAGCGUGGUGGUGCAGGACUUGAGGAUUCAAGUGGGGUUUGAGUCAGAGGCGGUUGAGAUCAGCGCGAUUUACUCGUGCAGUGGAAGGCCCAGUCUGCUGAGCUCAGGGGCGGUGCGGCUCGGUGACUUGUACGCCGAGGAAGAGAGGGAGCUGUUGGUAGAGUUGAGAGUUCCGGCGUCGUCAGGAGCGGGGACCCACCACGUGAUGGCCGUACGGUGCCUCUAUAAGGACCCUGCUAGCCAGGAGAUCGUAUACGGUAGGGAACAGGGACUUCUGGUGCCGCCGCCUCAGAGCGUUCGUUGUUCCGGUUGUAGAAUCCAGCGCCUCAGGAAUCUCUUCAUAACCACCCGAGCCAUUGCAGAGUCCAGGAGGCUUGUUGAGCAUAAUGCUGACUUCACCAGCGCGCAUCAUUUGCUUGCAUCCGCGCGUGCACUUCUCAUGCAGUCUAACGCUGCUUCGGUUGAAGAGUACGUGCGCGGCUUGGAGGCUGAGCUGGCAGAGCUUCAUUGGCGGAGACAGCAUGAGCAGGUCCAGCUUCAGCAGCAGCAGCAAAUUAUGCAACAGCGGAGAAGAGGGAGUGAGAGAGAGGUGACUUUGGUGGACGAGAAUGGCGAGCCGCUUACUCCCACGUCGGCUUGGAGAGCUGCUGAGAAGCUGGCUAAGAUGGCAAUGAUGAAGAAGUCUUUGAAUAGAGUCAGCGACUUGCACGGCUUCGAAAACGCUAGGUUUUAA